AUGGCUCUUGGUGGCAUGAGCAAUGGUCAUGGAGCCACUCCAAAUGCAGAGGAUUCAACUCCUGUUCGUUGGAAAAUCCCCAAAUGGACCACUGAUCAAAAUUUGGUUCUAAUUAGUGGGUGGAUUAAAUAUGAAACAGACAGUGUUGUUGGGAGAAACCAAAAAAGUGAUUCAUAUUGUGAAUGGCUCGCUCUUCGUGAUCAACCACGUUAUGAUAGUCAGGUAGGAGGAAAUAGUGGAUAUGUAGGUAGUGGAUCCAAGAGAGCCCACGAGAGUGAUGCAAGUGAUUCCAACUCCGUAGAAUCUAGUGCUCGCCCAAUGGGGAGGGAUGAAACAAAAAAAAGGGAGAAAGAGUUUGAACGAUUGGACAAAAUAUCCAUGAGGAAAGAGGAAUCUAACCAAUUGUUGAAAGAAAGUAAUGAGGCUAAGAAGAUGAAGAUGUUUAUGAAGCUAAGUUCAAAGGAGCAUCUUGAUGACCGGAGCAAAGAGUUGUUGGAAAAGUUGGGUCGCGAUCUGUUUGGAAAUUAA